AUGAGAAUUUUUAAGAAUAUAAAAAUGAACGAUAUUUUAUUGAGAAGGCAAUGUUAUAACAAACCAACAACUUAUCUUGGCAUUGAAAAGUGUUUAAAUGGCUGGGCUGUGACGUUGAAAUUACAAUUCUCAUCGAAUAGUGAACAUUUAAAUGUAGUUCAACCCCUGGGUCUAGCACCGCUUGCGCUGCCUGUUCUUCACUCACAGGCGUUUUUAGCCACAUUUUUUUCAGCUUCAUUGCUACCGGUGAAUCUGAGUCUUCGGCUGUUGCCACUAGAAAUGUUACAAGAGAUAAAUCAUAUCGGUUUUUAUGGGAUUUUGUUUUCAUACUUUUAUACAAAUCUAAAAGCAACAAAUAAAGUUUGGAUACUUAAGGAUUCAUUUCAAACGGUGUUGUUGAUGUUUUUUUUAACACCCACACAUCUGUUUUCUCAGAAUACGCAACAUUUUAUCAGGAAUUUUCGGUGUGAUGAUGCAUCAUCGGAACAUAAAUCUACCCACACACACAUCUCAACACCCAUUCCAACUCCCGGAUACUUGGUUGAAACUAAAGCUAAAACUGCAUGA